CGAUAAUUUAGUUGUCGAUUUAACUUCCUUUUGUAAACAUGACUCAAGAAAAAAUUAGUGACGGUGUUCAAAAACCCAACAAAUAUUUUGGAAUUCGACAUGUACAAUGCGCCUUUCUUUCCGUUAUAAUAAUAGCCUUGGCUGGAAUGCGUAGCAGUCUCAAUGUCGCCGUUAUAGCUAUGGUCAGCAAGAAUCCUCCAAACCAAAACAUCCCUACUUAUCCGGAAUGGGCAGAUGAGAAGAACGUGAUCUUAUCCUCGUUUUUUUGGGGUUAUAUCGUGUUCCAAUUCGUGGGUGGAAUGGUUGCCAAAAAAUACGGAACCAAAUAUUUGCUUGGCAUCGGUAUGUUUGUAAACUCCGUAUUUUGUUUAAUUUUGCCAUACUUUGGAUCGCAGUUCGGCUACCAAGGCGUAAUAGCCUGUAGGGUGAUACAGGGUCUGACUCAAGGUCCUCUUCUACCUUGCUGUCACAAUUUGCUGAGCAUGUGGUUACCGCUUCAAGAGAAGGGGAAAAUGGGAAAUUUUGUUUACGCAUGUUUUCCUCUAGGUACCGUUAUAUCUUUGCCUUUAGCAGGGGUUAUAUCUUCGUCUGCGGCAGGAUGGCCCACGGUUUUCUAUCUAUAUGGAGGAAUUAGCUUAGUAUGGUCGAUUCUUUGGUUGAUAUUCGGUUCAAGCAGCCCUUCAACGGACAGGUUUAUAUCCGAAGAUGAGAAGAUGUACAUACAAGCUGGAACAGCUACAGACGAAGAAAAGGAAUAUCCAACGCCUUGGAAAGCCAUUUUUGCAUCUGGACCAUACUACGCCAUUAUAAUAUCCCACUGUGGGACCGGCAUGGGUGAUUAUACCAUGUUGUCAGAAACUCCAAGUUACAUGGAGAAAAUUAUGGAUUUCGACCUUGCAUCAAACAGUUCUUUCUCUGCCCUUCCUUCUUUAGGCCAAUAUAUAGUGGGUAACCUUUCGGGUCAAAUAACCGGCAGACUGAUAGAAAAGGGCGUUCUAAGUGUGGGUGCUGGAAGAAAGCUGAGCAAUUCUUUAGCAACCAUUGUACCAGCUCUCUUUCUGUUCGCGCUGGUUUUCAUAGGGGCUGACCAACCAGAACUCACUCUAAUUUCUCUGAUUAUUGGAGUUGGGAUGAUGGGGGCAGCUUACUCUGGAUACUUAAUAAAUCACAUGGACAUAUCCCCUGCACACUCUGGGGUUCUCAUGGGCUUUGGGAAUAGCCUCGGAAAUGUUUUUGGAUUCGUAGCCCCACUGUCUGUGGAUUUAAUUUCAAGUUUUAGCGGAUAUAAAGAGACGCAAAAAGAACUAUGGAACAUAGUAUUUUCUGUAUCAGGGAUCGUGUUGGUAGCGACAGGAAUAUCGUAUAUUAUCCUGGGAUCGGGAGAAGAACAGCCUUGGAGCAAGGUUGAAGAUAGGAAGAUAUCAGAGGUCCGAAAAGCUGAUCCACUCAGGAAAAUAAGUGCUAUGGCUUCCUUGUAAUCUAAAGGUACAAUCUUUUUUUUUGUAGACCAACUCCAAAUAGCAUUUUUAGUUUUAAAAUUUUAUUUAUAAUUCGUAUACGUUUGUAACUGUGAUAUUUCUUAUUGUGAUACAUGUAUGUUUAUUUUAUAAAAUAUAUCCGGUAUACAGGGC